GAUAGUAUCUUUUGUUAUGGAUUAGAAUUUUGUUUUGUUUUCUAUACUAUUAACAAAUUGGAUGAGAUAUAUUCAUAACAUUUCCAUUUAUAAGUUUAAUUACUUCAUGAAGCUUAUAAAAUAUCAAAUGAGAAAAACCAACACAAUCUUAUCUCGUCAUUUACGAGUGUAUAGUUUAUUCUCAUAUAUUGUAUGGUUGUUACUUAUCGGUGCAUUCUUACGCACAACUUGGCAUCUAUCCUAUUUAAUCUGGAACCAGUCAGGUUAUGGUAAUGAUGCAAAUCUAGCGUAUUAUAAAAAACAUUGGAAACCAACUAUUCACACAGUACCACGGUUAACUGAUGCAAUGCUUAAUUUAUGGCCGAUGUAUAUUGCUAAAGAUGUUUUGCCAUCACAUGAUGUUGCUUUGAUCAGUUUCAGUAGUCAACCACCAUUCCCGUUAAGCACCAGUCAGUCAAAUUCUGUCACAGGAUUUGAUGAACGAGAACAAUACCGAGUAUUCUUGACUAAUGUACUUCAUGGUCUAAUCACCCGAUUGAUAUGGAUUUAUCCAUCCUCGAAACAAUCAUCCGUUAAUCAAUUUUAUAAGAAAUCACAAUUUUAUGUUGGUCUAGCUCAAAUCAACUUAGUGCUACAUGUUAACAGUAAUAAUAAUACUAAUAAUGAGUCAAAUGCUAAUUUUCCAUCAACAAUUAUAACUUUCUGUUUAUGUAAUGCAAUUGAAAACUUUUGCCAUUUGCCGUUGUUACCCUCAUCAACAACUCUUCAUGUGCCACGACAUUCUUGUUCAAUGGAUAAAAGUUUGAUUUAUGAAGAACUUGUCGAUUUAAUGGCCGAGUCACUUUUAACUCAAGGUAAAACUGAACGUAUGACAAAGGAUUCCGUUUAUUUGUUUUCACGUGAAUCGUAUUUUCAAUCACAUAAAUUAACUCCAUCUAAAUCGUCAACAACAUCACCACGAUCUUAUACUUCAUCAUCUCAUCGUAAAUUAACUGCAUGGAUUAACAAUCUAUUCAUAUUACACAUUGAUAUGAAUUAUUUCAUCGAAUCUAUUACAACAGUAAAGAAUACGUCUUCUGAUUUAUCUGCUUGGUUUAUUGAUUAUCUUCAAACAAAUUCAUCCAAUGACAAUAAUGUUAACUUGAGCACAUAUAAACCUCUAUUGAAGAAUUCUUCUUUAACUUCACAUGAAAGCGAUAAUUAUGAUGUUGACGAUAAAGUUAAUAGCAGUAAUGACAAUCCAAUCCGAAUCAAUCCAGCUUCAUUAAUACAUCAGUAUACUACACAAUUAAAAAAUGUAUAUAAUAAAUUAUCAUUAAUGGAGAAAAAUUAUUCAAUUGACAACGUCAAUCAAUUAAUUGAUUCAAUGCUUCGUUUUAUGACGACUGCACAACAUCCGAAUAUGUUAUCCUACUGGUCGAAUGAUACAUUGAUAUCUAGUUUAUCGUGUUGUUAUUUAAAACCAUCGGUUGAAUCGAUUUCAUUGAAUUCAAAUGGAAAAAUACAAAUUUUUAAUCAAUGGAAAGACAAAUAUCGGACAGCAUUUUAUUUUCUUGAUAAUUACUGUUCAUAUUCGGAUGCAAUGAUCAACGUUUUAUCAAAUAAAUUGAAUAUUACGACAAAUGCCAAAGAGGAAUUAUCCAGCUUAUGGAAUUGGUUGUGUGCAUUGAAUGCAAUUAAAUUAAAAUUCAUCAGUCAAUUUGUUGCUUGUACCUAUAAAAAUGACAGCAGUCUUCCAGCAUCGAUCGGUCUGUGUACUCGUGAAAAAUCAACAUCAAUUUCAUUUGAUAAAACACCCAUAAGUCAAAGAAAUUCUCUUACCUUACAUAGAUUGCAAAAUAUCAUUAUGAAUUUACGUCGUCCAUUAUUGGUGAAUUUAGUAAUGCAUCCAUCAUGGAAACCAAUUGUGCAUGAAAUACAUCUUUCCACUGAAUUGUGCAAAUUACUUGAUAAAUAUGUCCUAACUAAACAUGGAUAAUCUUUUUUUCAAGUGUGGGUGGAGUAGUGAAAAGUCAACUUAGUGCAUUAGUUUAUGCCUAGUCAAGUCGAUUUUUUUUUGUCCUCAAGAUUUUCAUUUUCUAAUGAUAAUCAGGUUGUUGAUGUUUAAUGAUUUCGUUUAUGACAAAUAGAAUUGUGUUAAAAUUGUAUCAUCACAAGCUCUUUUAAACAGUUUAUAUUUUAUCGAUCCACUUGAAAUUAUAUAACUAUUGCUUAUGAUUUAUUUAAAUAUCACCUCACACUAUUCCUUUUAUAGGCAGGUAUGCAUCUUUUAGCUUCUCAUUACUGCUUUUCAUAUUGUACUCCCAUUUAUUUUAUGUGUAUAUAUAUAUUUUAAACAAUGUACUCAGACUUUUGUAACGCAUCGUUUAUUUUACAGCUUUUAUUUUUAAAUGUAUUUUGUAUGUAUAUUAUGUGAUCAAAAGAUUCAUUUGCUUUCGUAGUUAUGGGGGGUUUUUACUUCACAUAUAUAUACGGCUUUUAACGAAUGAGCUCUACAUUGGUGAAUUAAUACGAGGGAUGAACUUGAUAGUUUCAAAUAAAUUGAAUAUUGGGUGG